GUCCGCCCGCCGGGGGGCCCACAGCUCCGCACCGCCCGCCUCCCCCUCCCCUCCCCAAGUUCGUUUUGUGACCUGUUCCAGAAGGAUUUUUUUUACACCAACUUGAAUUUUUUCAAUCAAGAUGAAGCAAGACUCCUCACGAAACGCCGCCUACGUGGUAGACUGUGAGGACUACGUGCACGUGGUAGAAUUUAAUCCCUUCGAAUGCGGAGACGAAGGAACGCUGAUAGCGUACGGUGGCAAUAAUUAUGUCGUCAUUGGAACGUGCAGAUUUCAGGAGGAGGAGGCCGAAGUGGAAGGGAUUCUGUAUAAGACACUCCGCACGUUUCACCAUGGAAUCAGAGUCGAUGCCAUAGCGUGGAGUCCGGAGUCUAGGGUUGAUGCUCUGCCUCCACAAAUCAGGUUUUGUACUGCCGCUGCUGAUAGGAAAUUAAGAGUAUUUUCUUCAGAUCUACAAGAUAAGAAUGAAUAUAAGGUUAUAGAGGGCCAUUCAGACUAUAUCAAUGAUUUGGUAUUUGCUCCGAAAGAUGGUCAAGAAGUUGCAAGUGUGAGUGAUGAUCAUACGUGCAGGGUUUGGGACUUGGAGGGGAAUCAGAAAGCUCAUUUUGUUCUUCGUUCUCCUGGAAUGAGUGUUUGCUGGCAUCCCGAGGAGGCUUUUAAGUUGAUGGUGGCAGAGAAGAAUGGAAUAAUCAGAUUCUACGAUCUCGUUACCCAGCAGGCUAUUCUGUCUCUUGAUUGUGAACAGAUGCCAUUAAUGUCAGCUCACUGGUGCUUAAGAAACACCUUUAAAGUUGGAGCCGUUGCCGGAAACGAUUGGUUAGUCUGGGAUAUUACUCGCUCAAGUUAUCCUCAAGAUAAGAGACCUGUCCAUAUGGACCGAGCCCGCUUAUUCAGGUGGUCAACAGUUAAUGAAAAUUUAUUUGCAACCACGGGUUACCCUGGAAAAGUGCCGAGCCAGCUUCUGGUUCAUCAUCUAGGACAUCCUCAGCCUAUCCUAAUUGGCUCUGCGUCUGUGGGAUCCGGUUUGUCCUGGCACAGGACUCUCCCACUUUGCGCAAUCGGUGGAGAUCACAAGUUGUUGUUUUGGGUGACGGAAACGUAAAAGAGAUGUCGCGGUUGUCCACUGGACUCGCAAAUUAUGUGACUUUGUAAUAAAGAUUUUAAUAAAUA